AUGGACCGCUUAUAUCAGCACGUUUGUUCGAAGUGUCAUAAAAGUUAUAAGUACAAAUGGAACUUGCUACGGCACCUGAAGUACGAAUGUGGUGUUGCACCCCAGUUUGUGUGCAAGUUGUGCCAGAAGGCCUUCACGCAGAAAAGUAGUCUUAAAAGUCACGUGGCCUACGUGCACGGGAACGACUGGACACCCAGAAGCAAAGAUAAGGGCGUGCACAUGUGCCCGAGGUGCAACAAAAUGUAUUCUUACAAGAACAAUUUGUCUAGACACAUCAAGUACGAGUGCGGCCAGAGUCCCCAGUUCCAAUGUCCGAGCUGUUUCAGGAAUUUCGCGCAAAAAUCCAACUUAAAAACUCACAUGUUGACGGUUCAUGGGGUUAAAUAUACUGAACCCCAUCUGCUACCAAAUGCCGAAGGCUUCUUCCAGUGUCCUCAGUGCGACAAAAAGUACAAUUACAAGGGUAGCCUAAAAAGGCACAUGACGUACGAAUGCGCCUAUACUGAUCCUCAUCUGGUACCCGACGCUGAAGGUUUCUUCAAGUGUUCCCAGUGCGAUAAAAGGUACACUUACAGGAGUAGUGUAAAAAGGCACAUGAAGUACGAAUGUGGCAUCAGACCCCAGUUCCAAUGCCCCUACUGUUCUAGGCAUUUCACUCAGAAAUCCAGCCUGAAAAGUCAUUACUUAACUAUCCAUGCUCAGGAAGAAAGAAUGAAACUCGCUGGUCAAAGAGUAGCAACGCAAAAUUAA